AUAAACCAGCGAAUUAUGAGAAUAACAAGAUAAUAUAUUUUAUACAAGCUUGUCUUCGCUUCAGACUACAACAUGAGCGUCUCGAGUUUGUUUUCCUUUCUCCACACACAUUUCUCGAUGUAUUAUAGCUCUAAAAGUUCGUAAAAGUUAAUAAAAGACAAUAAGACAGUGGAAUGUGCUUUCAAUAAUAUAGUUUUAGCUCAGUUUUCACCUCUUAGUGUAUGUUGGUUUGAUGGCUCCAUGUUUGACCCAAUAGAUGGCAGGGUUGUCUGAUUUCCCUCCCUCUGUCAACAUUUCCCGAUGUUAUAUAGUUCUGUAAUCAAAUUAAUGCCCAAAUCACUCAAUGAACCAGUCAGAUAGGAUGAAAAUAAAACAGACACGCAGGUUUAGGUCAGUCAGCGCCUCGCUGACCCCGGUACCCUGAGAUAGACCCCAAUAGAUGGCAGGCGUGUCUGUUUUCUUCUCUCUCCUGCAGUAGUGAAAUCACAUCACACAAUGCCAGCAGGUGAAACUACAGAUGUGACUUGUGGCUCGUGUUCCAGGUGGUAGGAAGCCACGGCUGCCACGCAAAAUGAGCUUAAUCAUGGAUAACAGACUGGAGAACACUGACACGGAGGCGGAGGUGAGAAAGUUGCAGGCGUUAGUCAAGGAACUGGAACUGCAGAACGAGGAGCUGCGGACAGAGAGGCAGCAGUUGAUGAAGGAAGGAGGCAGCAGCACACCCUCCCAGCAGCACUCAGCACCAGGCACGCCCAAGAGGCACCAGGACAGCUCCCUAGACGCCAUGGUUCCCCUACACCUCGACGAGUCCAACCUGAGUGACGAUGAGACUUGGCUGUUUGACUCCCCGAAAACGAAGCCCCACUCGAGUGACUGGCUUCGGAAGGACAUGGACGACCCCGCGCUGGUUGCCUCCAAGAAGUCCCUCAUCAACAAGCUGGACCAGAUCGCCAUGUCCCCGCAUCACUCACCAAGACACUCCUUCAGCCCAUGCUCCUCCUCUGGCGUGCUGUCCCCAGAGUCCCCGCCCUCCUCCAGGGAGGGCAGUUCACGGGAGUACCUGGCGCGAUCUAGUGGCUCGCUGGGGUCAGAGGAGGAUGAUCGUCUGAGCUCAGCAUCGGAGGGCAGCUUCUCCUAUCAGCUGACAGAUGUGGCUGAUGUCAACGCCCUCGCUAGACUGCAGGAGGAGAGUUUAAAGCUUCCUGAUCCAAGGAGAGGUUCACGGCUCCCAGGCAUCCGCGCCAGCACCAACCUUCCCAGUGGGCACCCAUACUCCUCAGCAGGGUCAGGUGGGUCGGUCACCAGCUCACAGGAGGACCUCAUAGCCAACGCCCCCACAACAGGCAGCCCCCGUCGCCCCCCCAGAGGUCUGCAGGCCCCUACGCGUUACUCAGCCCACAACACGCCUUCCAGGGAGGGUUCGGAUCUGUCCACACCGCCAGACAGCCCCUACAACUCCCAGCACAACCUUGAGUAUUGCAAUGGCCGCAGCAGCAUAGGGGGCGGUGCGGGAGGGAUGCGGGCACCAGGGGGCCUUCACCGUGGUCUGGGGGGCAGCGAUCCACGGCUCCUGGACCACCACUCACACACUACACCAGGCAGCAGCAGAGGAGCCUCCCCAGCGCGCUCCCACGGCUCCCCCUCCGCCUCCCAGACCGACCUCCGCCACCCCUCCAGGACUUCCAAGCUGCAGACGCCCCAGAUGAGGAGUCGUCUAAGCGCUCCCUCUCCAGUGCGAGUGUCGGCCGGCGGUGCAUCAGGUCUUCCCCAGCCCACUGAGAUUCCUAAGCCUAAGUCCAGUGGUAUUCCUAGGCCAGGGUCUCGCCUCCAGGCCCCCAGAGCAAGGUCUGGUUUGGCUCCUCCUCGCUUCCAGGCCGGCCCUCAGGAGGACUGGCGGGAUGGGUGUUUCUGAGUGCUGCUGGGGGGCGCCUGCUGCCCUCCCAGGCUGUGCGACGGUGCGGCGGUGCUCGGUGGCUGCCGUGGGGACUGCACAUGGUCUUAACUCCAGUAAUGUUAGCAGUGUUAAAAGAUUAUGCAUGAUUCUUUAGGUGAGCGUGGAACAACUCGGUGCAAUUGUUGAUAGUGUUGUAGGGAAGACUGUGCCACGCUGGGCUGCCUCUGUGGCACUGUGUGGGCUGCCCGGUGCCUCCCUGGUGACCUCUGCUAGUGAUGCUGGUGAUGCAAGAUUGUGAACACUGUAUUGGUGCAACGAGACAGUGAUAGUGGUGGUGAUGGUGAUGGUGGUGGAGCUGUGUCACCUCCAGGUCCCCUCGAGGCCACCCCAGGUCACCCCUCGCAGUCUGUGGCCACACAUUCCAGCCUUCCUUGGGCCUCAGGCUGGACCCCCGUAGUGCUGACCCUAGCUAGGCCUUCUCUCCCACUGGUGCCACCGCUGCGCUGCCUCCCAUCACUGGUGUGUGAGGCAGUGCGGCGGUGGUGGUGGUGGACGUUCUAAGGUGUAGGGGCUUGAGACGACUGCUUCUUGGAUAAGCUUUAAGCAAUAAGUAUCUAAUGAUUUUUUAUGGUGUGUGUGUGUGUGUGUGUGUGUGUGUGUGUGUGUGUGUGUGUGUGUGUGUGUGUGUGUGUGUGUGUGUAUGUGUGUGAGGACUACAA